CAGCAGAAUGUAACGGGCAACUGGCCGAGAUCGCGCCGUGUGUGUAUUGCUGUGUUCGGGUUUGUUUUGAGUGCGAGUUCAAAAGUUUUAAAGUUUUCUCGUAAAAUAUGAAGGCAUUUUGAAGUGAUAGUGUUACAAUACUGGUGUUAUCAGAUGAAGUGAUAGUGUUGAUCUCAAUAUGAAGUGUGUUUUUAGUCAUUCAAGCUCAAAAGUCUUACGCAUUCCUUUCAUCACCUAUCCACAGGUGGGUAUUACUUCAGGUGAAUCAUAACAGGAACCGCGUUGAAUUCCCACCGUAGCUGUGUUCGUGUAAAGUGAAUUAUUUACAGUGCAUUCCCCGGAUAUAGUAUGAAAUAUUCUACGUUUUCCUGAGUGUUCGAGUCAAAGAAAGUUUUUGUCGCCCAGGUAGACGGGCUGGGUCUACCUACACCGUGACUGGCCACCACAAAGAAAUGCUGGCUAGAAUACUCAACAUCAAAAGCAGCAGGACUAGAACAAAUAAGAUGGAAGAAAAGGAGAGAUUGUCAACCAACUUGCAUUGUUUGUGUCCAAGAUUUCGUGUAGAAUUUAGUAGAUCCUUGUGUGUUACGGAAUAUGUGUGCAUCAUCAUAGUUGUUCUUCUUGGAAUAUUUCUGCUGGGAGCUUCUGUCAAAGCAGAGUCGCUGCAGGCCCCUAGGUUCAUCACCCAACCCUCGUCCUCCAGUAGUAUAGUCAGCGAAGGCCGGACGAAAAUCUUGCAAUGCCAAGCGUUAGGAUACCCUCCGCCACAGUACAGGUGGCUAAAGGACUCGGUGGAGCUUGGAGAAUUCAGCACGGAACACUUCUACAGGAUACUGAACACGAGGAGAGAGGAUGGCGGCAGUUACCAGUGUGUGGCCAAGAACGACGUGGGUUCCAUCCUCAGCAAGGCAAUAGAUGUGUCCGUGGCCUACAUGGGAGUGUUUGAGGACCAGAGUGAGCGGACGGUGAGUGUCGCACUGGGGGAGGCAGCCAUCCUCGACUUUCCUGCCAUCCUGAGUCACCCGGAACCGUUGGUCAUCUGGCAGGCAGACGACGGUACGCAGCUGUAUGGGCGCAAGUACGCAGUCACCGCACAACACCAGCUGAUCAUCCUCUCCGUCACCGACUCAGACCAGAAGGCUUAUAGGGCACGAGCCACAAACACCCAGCUCGGGAAGGAAGAGAACAGUGCAUACAUCCGGCUGGUGAUACGAGGAGGGGAUCCUGGAGGAGAGAUUGCUCCUGAAAUCAUUGUCAGCCCCAAGGACAUGAACAUCCUUAAGGACUCACUGGCCUCAGAACUGCAGUGCAUUGUCAACGCCAGGCCACUACAUGAACUGGAGACCCUCUGGAUGAAGGACGGCAUACCGAUCGAGAACACCGGUAUCAGCUACAAUCUCAACGACCCGUGGAACCACACUCUGAGCCUUGUGUCUGCCAACCUCACACACACUGGCCGUUACACCUGCCAGGCGCGGCUGCGCAGUGGAGGCUUCCCCACAGUCACAGCUGAUGCUCAAGUCACCGUUUUCGAGGCCCCCACGUUUGUGAGCAACAUACGGCCGGAGACUCUCGGAGAGUACGGUACCACUGUGACUCUGCCUUGUGAGGUCACGGGGACACCGGUGCCUUCAGUGCGGUGGCUUCACAACACACAGGACGUCAUGACCAGCACACAGAGCGACAGGUACAUGGUGGAAGAGGACAAAUCUCUCGUGAUCAAGAAGUUACGGAUGGAUGACACGGGAAUGUACCAGUGCGUGGCCACCAACGAGGCUGGCAGUGAUUCAGUUAACAUUUGGCUCAAAGUCAAGAAAGUGGGGCGGAGGGCACGCUGGAUUGACCGCGCGGUCUCCAGACUUCGCCAGUCUGACCUGCGCCGCGGGCCCCAUUCGUCUGCCCCCAUCAUGGAAGUGCCACCUCAGAACGUGACAGUCCUGGACGGCAAGGAUGCCAUCAUCAGCUGUCGAGUAGCCGGAGCUCCCACACCCAACAUCACCUGGAUCUACCAAGAUUCAGAGCCAGUAGACCUCAGCGGACGAUUGCAAGUGUUAGAGUCUGGAGAUCUGCUGGUGGCAGCUGUGAGAGAGUCAGACGCUGGCAAGUAUUCGUGCGUCAGAGCCAACGAGGCAGGCCAGGUCACGGCAGCUGGAUACCUGUCCGUUCUGGUGCGUACCCAGAUCAUACAGCCCCCUGUGGACACAAGGGUACUUCUGGGAAAUACAGCCACACUUCAGUGUAAGGUAUCCAGUGAUCCUACAGUUCCUUAUCAGGUCGACUGGUUCCACAAUGGACAGCCGGUGGGAGUGGGGACCCAGCGUGUGAGCAUCGCUGGCGACGGUACACUAGAGAUCCAGGCAGUACGAGCAGCAGAUGUGGGUGACUACACCUGCGCUCUGGUGUCGCCUGGCGGUAACGAGACGAGAACGGCAAGACUGAGUGUGAUAGAGCUGCCGUUUGCUCCCACCAACCUCGUGGCGACCCGGCUUGACCAUCGCCUUAUCAACCUCACCUGGGCGCCCGGCUUCGAUGGUAACAGUGAGAUCAUUAAGUACAUCGUGCAGCGACGGGAAGUCUCUGAUCUCGGUCCGAUACCAGACCCGUUGCUGAACUGGGUGACAGAGCUCAGCAAUGUAUCAGCGAGCAAGCGAUGGGUAUUGCUGCGCAACCUCAAGGCUGCUGCCUCGUACCAGUUCCGUGUCAGUGCUGUGAACAGUGUUGGUGAAGGCUCUCCAUCCGACCCCAGCAAUGUUGUCGCCUUGCCACAAGAACCACCAUCGGGACCUCCGCUGGGAUUUGCCGGGUCGGCACGUUCAUCAUCAGAGAUCAUCACACAAUGGCAGCCGCCCCUGGAGGAACAUCGGAAUGGCCAAGUGCUAGGGUACAUCAUCCGCUACCGGUUGUACGGCUACAAUGAGAGUCCCUGGACGUCACAGAACAUCACCAACGAGGCACAGCGUAACUUCCUUAUCCAGGAGCUCAUCACGUGGAAGGACUACGUGCUGCAGAUAGCUGCCUAUAACAACAAGGGAGUGGGUGUCUUCAGCGAUGGAAUCAAGAUCAAGACCAAAGAAGGAGUGCCGGAAGCUCCACCAACUAACGUGAAAGCAGAAGCCAUCAACUCUACAGCGAUCCAGGUCUGGUGGAAACCUCCUCAUCCUCAGAAGAUUAACGGUAUCAACCAAGGGUACAAACUGCAGGCCUUUAUCGGGGACUCGGUGAGCAAUGUGUUGAACGUACCUCCCAGCCUGUUUGAUCCACUGGCCCAGCAGAGUGCAGUGAUAUCUGGACUACGCAAGUACACCACGUACAACCUCACUGUCCUCUGCUUCACGGACCCAGGAGACGGUCUGCCCAGCCACCCCGUGGAGGUCACCACCCAGGAGGAUGUGCCAGACGAGGUGAGCAGACUGCAGUUCGAGGACAUAUCGGACCGAGCUGUGAAGGUGGUGUGGUCGCCUCCGGAAAACGCCAACGGGGUUCUGACCGGCUACACGCUCAGCUACAGUGUCAAGGACAAGCCUGAUACCCUCAAGACUGAGAACUUCACAGCUGACACACUCAGUGUCAAAGUCGCCCAGUUGCAGGCUACGACACACUACAGAUUUGAAGUGAACGCUUGGACUAGCAAGGGUCCUGGACCCAAAAAAGUGGCCACCAUCCAAUCUGGAGUAGAACCAGUGUUGCCAUCUCCACCCACUAAAUUGGCCGUUACCAACAUCGAAGCUUUCUCCGUCGUGCUGCAGUUUACACCUGGAUUUGAUGGAAAUUCUUCCAUCACAAAGUGGACAGUGGAGGCACAGACGGCUCGCAACACUUCCUGGUUCCCUGCGUUUGAGGAGUCCAGCCCUGAUGCGAUGACUCUGACGGUGGUAGGACUGAUCCCGUUUACACUCUACCGACUGCGGCUCAUUGCUCGAAAUGUGGUGGGUCCCAGUGAGCCUAGUGAGCCCACCAAGGAAUUUCAGACCAUCCAAGCCCCGCCGUCUCAUCCACCUCGCAACGUGACUGUACGCGCCAUGAGUGAUACCGAACUACGAGUCAGAUGGAUUCCGCUGCAACAGUCCGAGUGGUUCGGCAAUCCAAGAGGCUACAAUAUCACGUACCGUGAGGUUGGUUCACCUGCUCCUCCUCGCUUUGUCACCAUUGAAGAUCACACCGCUAACUCCCACGUGUUGGACAAACUGGAAGAAUUCGCUCAGUACGAGAUCGUUUUGACGGCCUGUAAUGAUGUCGGAGUGUCUGUACCGAGCCCAGUCGCACUUGAGCGAACCAGAGAGUCAGUGCCUUCAUUUGGACCGAUGAAUGUGGGUGCGAACGCUACGUCGUCUACUACUAUAGUGGUACAUUGGGGUGAUGUUCCACGCGAACACCGCAAUGGACAGAUUGAGGGAUUUAAGGUGUUCUACGGCACAGGGCCACGCUCACCACUACCCGUGCAGGUGAAGGACAUCCCGUCCAACGCAACCUUCACUACUACACUGACCGAGUUACGCAAGUUUGUUGUGUACAGCGUGCAAGUGCUGGCGUACACACGACUGGGUGACGGUGCCCUUAGCACGCCACCUGUCCGAGUGCAAACCUUUGAAGAUGCACCAGGAGCUCCGUCCAAUGUGUCAUUCCCGGACGUGUCCCUGACCACAGCUCGGAUUAUCUGGGAUGUCCCAGAGGAGCCUAAUGGACAGAUCCUAGCUUACCGUGUUAACUACCACCUGCAGGCCACCGGUAGUCUCAACUUCUCCCGGGAAUUUGUUCCUUCUGACAGAACUUACAGAGCUGCAGAACUGGAGCCGGAGCAGUACUAUCUGUUCUCUGUGACGGCGCAGACGCGAUUGGGUUGGGGCAAGGUUGCGCAUGCCCUUGUUUACACCACCAACAACCGGGAGACGCCACAGCCACCGUCAGCACCACAACUGAGUCGCAGCCAGGUCCAAGCGCAGCAGAUCACCUUCAGCUGGACGCCGGGCCGCGACGGCUUUGCUCCACUCAGGUACUAUACUGUCCAGCUGGCAGAGGGAGUCGGUCCCUGGGUGUCAAUACAAGAACGGGUGGACCCUGGAGUGACAUCGUACACUGCAACAGCGCUCAAGCCUUACACCAGUUACCGCUUCCGUAUCCAAGCAACCAAUGAUAUCGGGCCCAGCGGCUGGAGUGUGGAGUCUUCCCAAGUCAGAACCCUUCCAGCAGCUCCGAGCAAAGAGGUGAGUGAUGUGAAGGUGGUGCCUAUCACAACUACAAGCGUCCGGGUGGAGUGGCAGGCCAUCCCGGAGGACUACUGGUCCGGAGACACGGAGACGGGGGGCUACAGGAUACUGUUCCAGCCUGUCUCGGACUUCCCCACCUCGCUGCAGGCCACACCGAAGCAGGAGGUUAAAGGAAUCAAGACAACACAGGUGGUGCUGACCGAUCUGACACGUGACCGGAACUAUGAGAUUGUGGUGGUGCCGUACAAUUCGCAAGGCAGUGGUCCUGCGGCACCUCCUGUGGCAGUGUACGUAGGCGAGGCUGUGCCGACAGGGCAGCCCCGCGGAGUGGUGGCGGAGCCGGUGUCCUCGACAGAAGUAAGGCUUCGGUGGCAGCCCCCCCAGCAGCGGGACCAGAAUGGUGACCUACUCGGCUACAAGAUUUUCUACCUGGCUACGGAGCUAGCGCAAGAUCUGAGCCCUGAGGACAAGGUAGAGGAGGAGCUAGAAGUGGUGCCUGCGUCCUACACUUCCUACAGUCUGGUGUUCCUCGACAAGUUCACACAGUACCGGAUACAGAUCCUCGCCUUCAACCCUGCAGGAGACGGUCCACGUUCAACUCCUGUCUCUGUGAAAACCUUACAGGGACUUCCGGGACCACCAAGUGACCUGAGGUUCUCAGAGAUUACCAUGACCAGUUUGCUUGUGUCCUGGGAUCCACCCAAGAAGAGGAACGGAGAGUUGAUCGGCUACAUUGUCACCUACGAGACGGCAGAACAGAAUGAACGAUUUAGCAAACAGGUGAAGCAGAAGGUGUCAGAUACGAGUCUGGUAGUGCAGACUCUGGAGGAAGAGGUGACAUACACGUUCACGGUGCGGGCCCAGACCAUCGACUAUGGGCCGGCAGUGCGAGGCAAUGUGACCACUGGGCCGCAGGAGGGCUCGCCCACUCGUCCCAAGGAACUCACUCUUGGCAAGACAGUAUCCAGUGUGGAACUUCACUGGGUCAAUGGUGCUUCAGGCAAGGGACCCAUCCUGGGAUACUACUUCCAGAGUCGUCGGAAAGCAGUUAUGGAAGAUUGGCAGAGGUAUGACACCCGCUGGUCCACAGUGACUCGGACAGGGAAUGGGCCACUGCAGGAGUUUGCCAUCUCGUACCAGAACCUGCUGCCCUCCACAGCGUACAACUUCCGUGUCAUCUCGUACAACAAGUACGGCAUCAGCUACCCAGCAUACUCGGAGGAUGUGGUGUUGACGCCAUCCAAGCUGUACCUGGAGUAUGGGUAUCUGCAGAUGAAGCCGUUCUACCGACAGACCUGGUUCAUGGUGGCGCUGGCGGCUACAUCCAUAGUUAUCAUCAUCAUGGUGGUGGCUGUGCUCUGCGUCAAGAGCAAGAGCUACAAGUAUAAGCAGGAGGCCCAGAAGACGUUGGAGGAGUCGAUGGCAAUGGAUAUUGAUGACCGCCAACAGUUGGCAAUGGAGCUGUACCGCAGCCGGCAUAGUGGCGGGGGUGGGCGGGGUACCCUAGCUCGCAAACAUUUGGCCCCACCAGGCCCACCCAUGCUGGGAAAGUCCCCACCUCGGCCCUCACCUGCCUCCGUAGCCUACCACAGUGAUGAGGAAAGCCUCAAGGGCUACGACGAAAACCCGGACGACAGCAGUGUCACCGAGAAACCUUCAGAGAUCAGCUCUUCUGACUCACAGGGAUCGGAGAGUGAGAACGAGAGUGUUAGAUCGGACCCGCACUCGUUUGUCAACCACUACGCCAAUGUGAACGAUUCGCUUCGGCAGUCAUGGAAGCGGCAGAAACCGGUGCGUAACUACUCGAGUUACACUGACUCGGAACCGGAGGGUAGUGCCGUAGUGAGCCUCAACGGUGGCCAGAUUAUCAUGAACAACAUGGCGCGCAGCCGCGCACCGCUGCCUGGCUUCUCCUCCUUUGUAUGAUCCCUCCUACCGUGCACUGUAAAUACUGUAUGUCCUCCAGUAAGGAAUUGCUAUUUUACUAUGUAAAAUGCUACUUGUUUUAAUGUAUCCUAGUGAUUUGAUGACGUGUAACGAUAAAUACACAUACGCAUUUCUAUAAAUGUUUAAGAAUUUAUAGUUAUAAACUUGAUUAAAAAUGUCUAUAAAAGAUCUCAAACUAAAAAAAAGAUUAGUUUAUUGUUAUAUAGUUUUCUUUUAAAGUUGAUUGUACUUUAAAUCGACUUAAAAAAGAAAAGAAAUCGGUGUUUCAGUUUGUGCGCUGUUGUGAAAGUGAUCGUCACAUGUCAUCAAUUUCAAAUGCCCCGUUUUUAAAAGGGGAUAUUCUCAUAGACAGUAAUGUAUUGUCAUUUUGUACGUUUAUAUAGUAAGAAUCAAUCAAUUGUAGAUAUGAAGUGAGCUAGAUCACACGGGCCAUCGGUGUCCUUUAAGUCUGAGGCAGCAGUCGCUCCCUGCCGUUAUAUUUUUAUACUUUUGUUUGAACGCGCACUGACGUGUCGACUGGGUGUUUAUUUAUUUAUUAUCAUGGUUUAUUUACAUGUUCUAGCAUAAUUGUGACAAACAUGACCAUAACUAGUGUAAUAUAGUGUAAAGUAGUAGCGGAACAGAACUGUUGUCAUUGUCACUGAACGGGGACGUAUUUGGUCACGUUGACGUCUCGUAUUGUGGCCAUUGCCCUCAAUAUUAUGUAUCAAAUGUGAUAUUUAGAUGUUUAAGUGUACACUUACUGAAUUGUGUGGGCAAGUGUAAUGAUCAGUGAACGGAAUCAACAGUGACUUGGAUUUUUUUAAUUUCAAUUUUUAACUUGGAUUAAUAUUUUACUGUCAUUUGCAUAAGUGAUUGCAAAAUAAUUAAUCACUUUUAACUAAUUAAAACAAUAGUUUUUAUUAUGUUAACACAUAAACUCAAACAUUAAAAAAUGUGAAAAAUUGGAUUUAAGGGUGAAAUUUUUUUAAAUUUUCUUAGGUUUUCAUUCAAAUAUAUUAUAUUAAAUUAGCAUACACUGUUAUGUUUCUGGAAUCACAAAGUUUGAAAUAAAAUGUGUAGGUUUGAUUGUUUUUCUUUAGACACAAUUCGGGAGUAAAACAAAAUUAGUUUUGUUACAUAUUAUUUAUGUAAUUUUUUAAUAAUCAUAAAAUUAUAAUACAAUAUAUUUUUCUGCGCUCUUUAUAAAUUACAUAAUGUAGAACAUGGAGCAUUUGGGGCAUUGUUUGAAAUCAAAGUAAAUUACCUCUCAGAAAAUAUUAUGUGAAUAGCUAGCGUUAAACUCUGUGCCACUACAGGGACUUUACAAACUAAUAUGUUCAACGGUUAACUGCCGUAUCACAUCAUCUCUGACAUAACCUUUUGGAAUACAAGGUAGAAUUCAUCUAACCUAAUUAACGGCACUAAUCUACGCUGUAACUAUUUACUUUAAUCCAAGCUAAGGUUUGAAAAUUAAGCUUAGUCAUUUACCAUACUUUUGACACACAAACCACUAGAUCAGUAGGUUAACAUAAAAGUUUCUAGAUUCCUGAAACUGUACUUAAUUACCCACUGCACAUGUAAAAUCGUUAAUAAUUGGAAUAAUUAAAAUUGGUUUAAAAAAAAACAUACAAAUUAGUUGUAGAGUUUUUAAAUCCAACUUACUGAAAAUUCCGUUCCAAACACUGAUCGUAAGUACUAUCCUCUUAAGUUGGUAAAUAUCUAUUAUUAGUAGGAAAUCGCGUACCCCAUCAGACUGUAUAAUUGUUCUACAUGUGAUAAUCAAAACUAUGAGCAUAAGUUUAAUUGUGAAAUUGCGUACUUGUAAAUGAUAUGUGCAAUGAAAUUAACUGUAACUAAUGUAAUCUGGUACGUUGUAAUAAGUCUCUUUUUAAAUCUUUGCACCGUUUCUAAAUUUUCCAAGACAGAAAAAUUAUUUCCCCUUGUUGCUCUCUUUUUAAGUCCGGUUUUCUUGUAGCCAUAAAAAUGUACAUCAUUUGUGUUUUGUUACUCCCUAUAAAUCGUAGUGUCUGUAGAAAUAUCAAUUACUGUAAAAAUUAUUAAUGUCUGUUUUCUGUGUUCAAUUUUAAAUUGUAAAUAUAUAUGUAUUGACAACUUGGAUGAGUCGUACUACACAAUGGUGGAUAUUCAACCUUCCGUCCACUGUUCAUCACUUUUUCACUGGCAGCUCUGUCAACACUAACUAUAUGUAUCGAUCGAUAUGUAUCUGAUUUGUAUUGUUUGUUGUCUACAAAACUAUAUGUACUGUAAGAAGGAGACUGACCGCUACUUAUGGUAUUGACUGUACUCGAGUGCUACAAUCCUUCAAUACUGUGAAAGAUUCCAGGUAUGAUUUCUAUCAUAAUUUAAAGGCGAGAUAGUUGUUACGAAAUAUUACUGCGUUGAAUCUAUUUAGCUCUUUUACGUUUUAGAAAUUCUACAAUUUACACAUUGAAUGUUUUACAAUAGGCGAUGUUUUAAUAUGUAUAUUUGUAUGCUCUGCAAUGUAUUUUAUAGCCAUAUUGUCAAUUUAUUGUUGAUUGUGAUGUAUUUAGUUUUUAAGUUUUAUUCAAUUGUAAAUAAAUAAAUUGUGUAAUUAAUGUUUUGUUUCCGUUAGUUACAAGACUUAGCGUUAGGAAACAUCUUUACACUGCAUAAAGUAAAAGUAAUUAAUGGUAAAAUAAAUUUAUUUAAAUUUUAAA